AUGAAGUUCUCGCCAACGUUGGCAGCUCUUGCUGCUUUGCCAGCAACAUCCGCAACGAUCUACUUCGCCGGCGUCGCCCAAUCAAGCGGUGAGUUCGGCGCCUGGAGUCCGACCCAAACCCGCGGCACCGGUCUCCCCGGCCGUUUCGGCGUCGAUUACGCCUUCAUCUCCACCUCUGGCGUCGACACCAUGAUCGACAGCCACAAGGUCAACCUCCACCGGGUUGCCUUUCUCCUUGAGAGGAUAUUACAUCACCAUCACCAAGGGCGCUUGUAUGUUCUCUCCUCCCCCCCCCCUUCUCCUUCACCAUCAUUAACCUCAGAAACAGACGCCAUCCUCGACCCCCACAACUACAUGCGCUACAACGACCCCUCCUCCCAGCCCUUCUCCGGCUCCGUCAUAGGCAACACCUCCGACCCCACCGCCGCGACAACAGCCCAGUUUGCGGCCUUCUGGGGCGAGCUCGCCUCCCGCUUUAAAACCAACGAAAAAGUCUUGUUCGGUCUAAUGAACGAACCGCAUAGCAUGCCCUCCCGGCUCGUCUUCUCCAACCUCCAAGCCGCCAUCACGGCAAUCCGCGCGGCGGGAGCAAACAACAUGAUUUUGACUCCAGGAAACGCCUGGUCGGGUGGGCAUUACUGGACAAAGGGAGGUGACGAGGCAAACAGCAAAUGGAUUCACAAACUUGUCGACCCGAUUAAAAACCUGGCGGUGGAUAUCCAUGAGUAUUUGGAUGAGGAUUUUAGCGGGGGGCAUACGGCUUGUACGCAGGAUCCGGUGGCGAACUUGGCGGGGGUGACGGGUUGGUUGAGGGAGCAUGGGUUGAAGGGGUUUGUUACUGAGUUUGGGGGUUCGAAUACGACGGAGUGUAAACUGAUGUUGGAGGGGAUGCUGGGGUAUAUGGAGGAGAAUGAGGAGUAUAUUGGGUGGACGGCUUGGGCGGCGGGGCCGUUUUGGGGGGUUAAUAGCCCGUGUUGUACGGAUCAGAGGCAGUUGGGAAGUUUGGAGCCGGGGAGUAGGGCGGCCGAUGGGGGGCCGGGGCUGUAUGAUAGUGUUUGGGUGCCGGUUAUUGCGAAGAGGGUGCCGGGGAGGUUGCAGUGGGAUGGACCGGCGAAUGUGACGGGGGGUGUGGUGAGAGAGAGGGUUUAG